UCACAGGCUACCUUGGUGAUGGAGAUAGCAAAAGCUAUGCAUCUGUUGCAAAUCACCAGCCACCAAUAUAUGACAAAGCCAUCACUAAAUUGGAGUGUGCUGACCACAUCCAGAAAAGGAUGGGAAAGCGUCUAAUGGAAAAAGAAGCCGCCUGCAAGGGAAAACCAUAUACUGAAGAAAAUGGUCGCAAGUAUUCCGGUAUAGGUGGAGCCGGACAACUGACAAGCAAAGCUCAAAAAAGAAUACAGGGACACUAUGGCACUGCUAUAAGAAAUAAUAAGGGUGACAAAGAGGCAAUGCGAUCAGGCAUUUGGGCCAUUUAUUACCAUCUUGAAGGUUAACAUGAACAUUGCGGUAAUUGGUGCCAAACAAAGAUCGAUGGAGGCGAUGCAUCAAAAAAAAAAAAAAAACAGCUGCCAAAAUUUGUUUGUGAAGAAAUUAAACCCAUUUUUGAGCAGUUCUCAGUGAUCGGUUAUUAGACAAAUGUCUACAUGGAGGAACCCAAAAUACAAAUGAAUCGUUCCAUAAUAUGAUUUGGGAGCGGUGCCCUAAAACAUCAUUCGUAGGCCGCCAGAGACUGGAGCUUGCUGUGUAUGAUGCAACAAUCUCCUAUAAUAAUGGAGAUACUGGAAGACUUGGUGUAUUUCAAUACCUAGGAUAUGAUCCAAGGUAUUACACUACAACUGGUCUUUCUGAUAUAGGUGGAAAACGAAUUAAACGGGAAUAUUUUGCCAGACAAGGAUUGGACGCAAGGAGGCGUCACGCAUUAGUACACCAAAGGCAAAGAAAUGAUCCAGCUUACCAAGCUGGGGGACAUUUUUAACAUAAAAUGUCUAUAAUCAAAUAUGGAUAUGCUAAAGAAUAUCAAUUAAUGUGGUUUUCAGGGCAAAAAUAGCCACAUUAUUAACAUUAUAACUUAUAUUUGACUUUUAAGGCAAUUUUCCCUAAAUCGUGAAUUUCUACUAUAAUAACAGUCUUUGCGUCAUAAUAUCUCAAGAUUAAGUCAAGAUAUCUUGUUCAAAUUCUCAGAGUAUGUCAGUCUGUUAUAGAUGUACAAUAUGGAAUAGAAUCAAAACAUGAUAAUGUAAAAUGAAUGACAUAUGAAACAUUUUCAAAGUG